CCUAACCUUAAGUUUUACUUUCCCCUGCCAUUAUCGUCAAGUCCGGCAGCGACAAGCGACUGAGAGAUCCUACGCGCGACAAAAUAAUGGCGGUUCCCAACGGCGUCACCUACGAUCCCAUUGACGACGAGAUCGAUUUCUCGGAUAUUGACGAAAAAUAUCACGUUGAGUCCGACGAUGGCUUUGACAAUGUCAUCGUCGUGGAUGGCGUUCCAGUUAUCGACAGAUCAAAAUUGGACAGGCUUCUCACAAAAAUAGCGAAGGAUUUCACCAAGAAAGGGUCACCCAUUAAGUCAGACGAUAUAUUCGUGCCUUGGGACGAUGCGAAGGACAAAAGCAAAGGUUAUAUCUUUGUCGAUCUAGGCAACCCCGAUGCCGCAGCGUUUGCCGUGUCCGCAUUGAACGAUUAUCCAUUUGAUUCUCGCCACACAUUCAGUGUCAAUCGGUUUACAGACAUCGAGAAAUACGCAUCGUUGGACGAGACCUAUGUAGAGCCUGAGAUCGAAGAGUACCAACCUAAGGAGCACCUGAGAGCCUGGUUAGCCGACCCUCAAGGCCGUGAUCAGUAUGUGACAUACCGUGGAGAUGACGUUGACAUACACUGGCAUGGCAAGCCAUCUCAAUGUGAGGUUGCUUUCUCCAAAAAGGGAUGGACGGACUUGUAUGUUUCUUGGUCUCCCCUAGGAACCUACGUUGCAACUCUGUUCCGACAAGGUGUUCGGCUAUGGGGUGGACCCUCUUGGGAGCAUCAGCAACGUUUCGCGCAUCCUUUCGUCAAACUCCUCGAUUUCUCUCCUUGUGAACAAUACCUAGUCACUUGGUCUCACGAUCCCAUUACUGUACCACCAAACAUGCCUCAGGGGCCCGAGUUCUUUUCGCCUGAAGACGAAGGCCACAACAUUGCUGUAUGGGACAUCAAAUCGGGACAUCUCCUUCGCACCUUCCCCACAUCGGCGGCGGAAGCCGAUGACGCUUUGACCAAGAAACAGAUGCAAUGGCCCGCCCUCAAGUGGAGUCCGGACGACAAGUUUGUUGCUCGUGUCACUCCGGGUCAGCAAAUCAGCGUGUAUGAGCUACCGGGAAUGGGACUUCACGACAAAAAGAGCAUGAAGACCGAGGGUGUUGUUGACUUUGAGUGGUGUCCUCACGGUGAAAAAGACAGAGAUGAAGCAGAGAAUGCGAAGGGCGGCAAGGGGUCAAAAAAAUCCCGGGAAAAUAUGCUAGCGUAUUGGACCCCCGAGGUAGCCAAUCAACCCGCUCGCGUCACCUUGGUCGAUUUCCCAGGUCGUAAGGUACUUCGCCAAAAGAACCUGUUCAACGUCACGGAGUGCAAGUUGUUCUGGCAAAACAAUGGCGACUUCCUAUGCGUCAAGGUCGACCGCCACACGAAAACGAAGAAAUCCAUCUUUUGUAAUCUGGAGAUCUUCCGCGUGCGCGAGAAGGACUUCCCGGUAGAAGUUGUGGAACUCAAAGAUACUGUGACUGAUUUUUCUUGGGAGCCUAAGGGAGAACGAUUUGCUAUCGUAUCAAGCAAUGAUCCCAACCUGGGCAACCCGGGUCCAGGCAUCACCAUCAAGACUGAUAUAAGCUUCUACCAAUUGGAUCGCUCUAAAAACGACUUCCGACUACUACGAACCCUGGCUUCCCGGACAAGCAACACGAUUAGAUGGUCGCCCCGAGGACGUCAUGUUGUCCUUGCCACAGUCGGAUCGUCGACCAAGUCAGAACUGGAGUUUUGGGACCUAGAUUUCACCAGCGAAGACCGUCGGGAGGGUCAAGCAUCCAAGGACGAGUGGGGCAGUGCUAUCCAGCUCCUUGGUAGUGCUGACCAUUAUGGUGUCACGGACGUUGAGUGGGACCCAAGCGGCAGGUAUCUUGCAACAAGCGCCAGUGCGUGGCGACAUACGCUGGAGAACGGGUACGCUAUUUGGGAUUUCCGCGGUCAGGAGAUCGAAAAGCAUAUUCUGGACCGUUUCAAGCAAUUUAUUUGGCGACCUCGACCUCGCACACUGCUGAAUAAGGAGCAGCAAAAACAAAUCCGACGGAAUCUGCGGGAGUACAGCCGAGCUUUCGACGAAGAGGAUGCAGCUGAGGAAAGCAACAUCAGCGCCGAGCUUAUCGCACAUCGCAAGAGAUUAGUGGACGAAUGGAACGCAUGGCGUGCUCGGUGCAGAAAGGAUAUUUCGGACGAGAAGCGCAGUCGAGGUAUACGGAACGACGGCCGGGAGCAUGGAGACGAAGAGAAGGAGGAGAUAGAGGAGUGGAUUGACGAGGUGAUCGAACAGACUGAGGAGGUGAUCGAGUGACGGCAACCAUGUGCAUGAUAUCAGACCAUUAUACAGUUUGUUGUGCUGUUGUACAUGUAGGCAGACACCAUACGAGUGCUUUUC